AUGGAAAAGGAAAAUGAGAAAUUAAAUGAAAGUUAUGCUUUUGAUACUUUUAAUAACAAACAUAUUAUAAGUGAGCAUAUUAGGGAAAGCAAAGAAACAAUAAUUAAAAACAAUAAAAUAGUUAACAUAUCAAAAAACAAAAAGCUGUUUUGCAAAUCUGAAAAAAGUUCUUAUAAUGAAAAUACAAUUAUAAAUAAAGAAGAAGAUACAAAAAAAAUUAAAAAUCUCGUUUUUAUUAAUAAUGAUAACUUUUCAAAUAAAAAAUACCAACAAAAAAUUACUAUUUUAAAUGAAUCAAAAACAAAUGAUGAAAAAUUAUUAAAUAAUUUUGAAAAUUUUAGACAGAAUUUUAAUAUGCAGAAAAAUGGUGAUUAUGAAAUACGAAAUAAUGAUAAUUUUAUAGAUGAAAAAAAAGGAGAUUUAAUUUUAUUAAAUGAUAGAAAUAAUGAAGUUAAUGAAGAAAAUAAAAAAAAUACUGAUAAAAGCAAUAGUUUAAUAACUGAUGAUCAUAUCAAAAAUUAUAUACAUAAAGAUUUAAAUGAAAAUGAAAAAAACUUAUUUUAUAAAAAAGUUGAUGAAAUUCUAAAUUUAGGAAAUGUCAAUGAAGAUGAAUGGAUCAUCAAAGAAGUAUAUGAAAAUAAGAACAAUAACGAAAAAGAGGAAGUUAAAAUUUUGUUUUCAAAUUACGAAAUAACAAGGAAGGAAAAAAAAGAGAAAGAUAAAAAAAAUGAAAACGAAAAAAAAAAAGAAGAAUAUGUAUUAGAUUCAAAUAUAUUUAAUUUAGAUGAAAAUGAACUACAUUCAAUACUCAAAAAAGAUAAAUAUGAAUUAACUAAAUUCAAUAUGCAUAUUAGUAAUACUAUAUAUAAAUAUCUUUAUUUAUAUAAAAAAAAAAAAAGUAUAAAGAAAGAAAAAUAUAUAAAAAACAGUAGUUACGAAUUAAAACAAGACCAAAGUUUAAAUACAGAAAAUAAUAAUUUAGUUCAAGCGAAAUCAGAAAAAAUAACAAAUUUGAAAAAUGAAAGUUAUGUUGAUACAUAUGACUCUCAAAAAUCUGAAUUAAUUCAUUUAAGCAAAUCAUCACAAAAUGACUUAGUUAAUUUAAAGAAUCUACCGAAAAGUGAAGAAAGAGAAAAUAUGCAUAUUACAAAUAGAAAUUUAUUAAAAGAUAUAAAUUUUUUAUAUAUAGAAUAUUUCAUAAGAAAAAAAAAGAGUAUAAAAUUAAGAAAUAUUUAUAAAUUUAUUUAUGAUAAACAAAAUUUAUUUUACUUGAAAAAUUUUAAUUAUAAGAAUAUUUUUUUUUUGAAUUCUAAAUGUAAUAAUAAUAAUAAUGAAAGUUGUAUAAUUAGAGAUAUUUCUCAUUACUGUUUUAACAGUAACUUUUUAUGUUUGCAAAUGAAUAAUGAUGAAAUAUUAAUUUUUAGUUUUAAAUUAUUAAAUCUAAAUUCUCUAAUAUUUUUUAAAAAUAAUGAAAAUAACUUAAUAAAUGAAGAAAAAAUAAGAAUUUAUAUUGAUGAAUUAUUAACUAAUAAUUAUAAUGAAACUUGUAUGACAUUUGAUAUUAAUUUUUAUUCAAGUCCUUAUGCUAUUAUUAAGAAUGAGAAAAUUAAGAAUAUUAAGAACAUUGAUAUAAAUAAUUUGAAUAAACUAUGUAUAAAUACGAAUUAUUCUAUUUUUAUAUAUGAAAUAUUUUUUAAUGGAUCUAAUAUUCAAUAUAAAUAUUUAUGUUCAUAUAUUGAAAAAAACAAUCUUUUAUCGAAAGAAAAUCAAAUUUGCUAUUCAUUAUUUACUGAUGAAAAAAAACUUAUAUAUUUUAGUGAUUAUAAUAUUAUUUACCUAAAUAGCAAUAAUAAUAUUUUUAAUAAUGUAUUUACUAUAGUAAAAGAUAUUAAAUUUAAAUUUAAAAUAUUAAAUAUUUCUUUUUAUAAGAAUUUAUUAGUAGUAUCAUAUUUCAAUAAGAUAUCCUUGUUUCGUAAUAAUAACAUAUAUUUUAUCAUUCAAUUUGAUAAAAAUGGAGAUAUAAUAAACACUCAAGAUUAUGAACAAAAUGAAAAAGAAAAAAAUAUAUAUAAGCAACAAGAAAUACAAGAAAAAAAAAGAAGCAAGUUAUUAGAAGAAAUAGAAAAAGAAUUAACAACUAAAUUCGAAACAGAAUCUACAUAUGAAUUAAAAGAAGAGUUAUCGGAAGAAAACUGUUAUAUUCCUUUUUUGUGUUUGUUAGAAAAUAGUUGUUUCUGUGUUGGUUAUGGUCAGAAGCUUUUUAUAAUAGAAUAUAUUUCCGAAGUUAAAAUAAAAAAAAAAAUUUACUUAAAUCAUUUUAUUUAUUACUUGAAAAGCUGUGAUAAUAAUAUUAUUAUUAUUUAUGACAGAUAUAAAUUAUAUAUAUAUCAAAUAAUGUAUUUAAGAAAAAAUUUCCAUUUAUUUUUGUUAUUUGAAAAAAAAGUAAGUAAUGUGAAUAGUUAUUUAAUUUCAGAAUGUGGAAAACAUUUUGAAUCUUAUGAUAAUUCUAUUAAAAUAAAUACGAAAAAUAUCAAGAUUAAUAAAUAUGAUAAAAUUUCUAAUUUUAUUUUUUAUUUGUUUAAUAAAAAUGAACUAAAUAUAAAUAAUAUUAAUAAUAAUGAAGUUAAUUUUUUUUAUGUAAAUUUAAUUUAUGUUUAUAUUUUAAAUAAUAAUAAGAUUGAUAUAAUAGUUAUAAAUUCAUUGAUAUAUUUAAUAUAUCUUUUUUUUUAUUAUAAAAAAUACAAUUUGCUUCUAAUUCUACUCCUAUAUAUAUACAAUGGAAAUAUGUGUGUUCUAAUGGAUUUUCCAUUAAAUGAAGAUGAAAAAAAAAAUAAAAUAAAAACACUUUUUUUUUUUUUUUUUGAAAUGAAGAUAAAAGAUAUAAUUGAAAAUUAUGACAAAUAUAAAGAAAAUGAUGUAAAUAUUAUAUAUGAUUUCGAUAAUAAAAGUAAAUAUUUUAGGAAAAGUUCCAAUUUAAAAAAGUAUCAAAGUAACUUAUCAUUUUUAUCUAAUGAUUUAUCAAGUAAUUUAUCAGAACAUUCAUCAAAAUACAUUUCAUCUUCUAAAUUUAUUUCAUCGUCAUCAUCAGGAUCGGCAUCAACAUAUUCUUAUAUAACAUCAUCAUUAUCAUCAUCAAAUUCAUCUUCAUCAUGUACUAAAUCUCCUCUUUCUUCUAAUUUAAAUGAUCAAUUUAUCUGUUCAUCAAAUUUUACACAUUUAUGCUCAAAUGAAAAAGAACCUAGUGAAAAUUCAUUUUUAUUAAAUAAAAAAACUAUCAGAGAAGUUAUAGAUUCCGAAAAAUUUUAUAUAAAUGAAAAAGUAGUUGACAAAACUUGUAUAGAAGAAAUAUUAAAAUUAUGUAGUUUAGGCUUAGAAUUAAGUGUUAAAUUUAAUAUAAAUAUAUAUGAAUACAUUUUUAAAAUAUUUAAAGUAUAUAAUAUAGAAAAUAUAUAUUUUUAUACAAGUGAGCAUUAUAUUAUAAAUAAAAAAAUAUAUUUUACUCAUUAUACACUAAUAUAUAAUUUGAUAGAUUACUUUAAGAGAUUUUAUAGAAUGUUCUCCUUAUAUGAUGAUAAAAAUUAUGAUUUGUUUUUAUUUUUUUCUAAUUUUAUAUUUAAUAAUAAAGAUGUUAGAAAUAAUCCUAACAAAAAAGGAACUAUUUUUAAUGAAGCAUAUUUAAAUAGAUUUAUAUUUUCAUUAGAAGUUAGUAAAAUAAAUAAUAUUAUCAUAGAAAAUGAAAAAUUAUUUACACAAAAGGAUACACAAAGAUCUUUUAUGAAUUUCGAUAUGUAUUUUGCUUAUAAAUAUUUAAAUAUAAAAAAAAGAAUUAAAAAAAUUAAAAAAAUAUAUUCUUUUAUAUGCAUAAUCAACAAGUUUUGUAAAAUUUUUGAAUAUAUAGAUUUAGAGAAAAAAAUUGAAAAUAUAAUUUCAUUAUUACCAAUACAUAUAUGUUCCUUUUUAUACAAUAAACAUAAUGAAGAUAAAAUAACAAUAUCAGAAUUCUUUACUUCUUACAUAAUUAGAAAAAAAAAUAUUUUUUUUUUCAAUUUUUGUAAAUCAAAUAAUUUAAAAAAUGAAAACUACCCUAUAUAUAUUCCUUCAUAUUUAUUUAAAAAUUUUUAUCAAACACACUUUUUUUUUGAUUACAUAUAUUGUGUUAUAUUUAAGCUCCCAUUUUCAAUUACUAUGAAUAGGUACUCUAUCAAAAGAGAUAACAUACUUAUUUUAAAAGAUAAUUAUGAAAAUAUAUAUGAGAAUUUUGUUUUCAACAAUUUAUCUAAUUAUGAUAAUAUCUUUUUUAUGUAUUCCUAUUUUAUUUUUGAAAGAGGAAAUUACUGCACAUUAAAUAAAAAUAUUAUAUCAUUUAUUAAUUACUUGUGUAAUAGAUAUGAUAAAAAAUAUUUAAAUUCUACAAAUAAUAGAAACUUUUUAGGUAUUUUGUUACAUAAUGAUUCAGAUCAAAUUAUAAAUAAGAUUAAUGUUGAUGAUUUUAAAAAAGUAGAAACAUAUGCAUAUGACAAAGAAAAGAAAACAAGUUAUUUAGAAAAAGAAUUAGAGAAAUCAAUUAAUGAUGAGAUAAUUGUAAAUGAAGAGAUAAAUGAACAUUGUGGAAAUGAAAUUUUAUUUAUGGAAAAUUCAAAUAUAACUAAUAAAAUGAGAAAUACAAAUAAUAAAAAAGAAGAUUUUUUUGAAACAAUUAAUUUUAAAGAUAUUAAUUUAGAUAAAAAUGGAAUCUUUUUAUUGUUACAAAUAUCUUUAUCAGAAUCUUUUUUUUUGAUAAAUAAUUUGUUUUUUUAUUAUAAUUUUAUCAAUAAUUAUGAUAUAGUAAAUAAAUUAGUUGAAAAUAUUUGUGAAUUUUAUAUACAUUUAAUUAUAGCUUUAAUAAAUUAUAAGAACAAUUUAAGAGAAAUCUUAAAAAAUAAGUUAGAUAAGAACAUAUGUGACAAUAUUUAUGAAGAAAUUUUAUUUGGUAUUAAUCAGUGUUUCCAUUUUUAUGAAAUUAGUCUUUUUUCAAUAAAGGUGUCUAAUUUUAUUAAUUCAAAAAUUAGCACAAUUAAAAAUAAAGAAAUAACUGAUUUAGUUAAAUGGAUUAUACUACAAAUAUAUUUUAUUAGAAAACACAUUUACAAAACGAUAAACAGUAUUACAUAUAUGUUAAUACUUUUUUUUAUUUUUUCUAAUAAUAUAUUUUUUCAAUAUUCUUUGAAUAUAUUUUUUAUUAAUUUUCUUUUUCAAUUAAAUAUUUUGAGGAGGAAAAAAAAAGUUUAUUUUAAAAAGUAUAAAACUUAUCGUAGUCAAUUUUUAUCUUAUAAUUCCAAUAGAAAUAUAAGAAGUUUUUUUCAAAUUUUUGGUUUAAAAAGGAAAAAUAUCUUUAUAAAAAAAAAAAUAAUUAAGUUGCAUUUCAGGAACAAUGAUAUAUUUAAUUAUAAUAUAAUCAACUAUAUUAUGAAUAUAGUUUUCUGCUUUGAUAUAAACAAUAUAUUAAAUAAGUGUGAUUCUGAUAAAGCAAAUAGUGAUAAUCAUAUGAAUAAUAGAAAAGAGCAAAUGAGCACCGAUGGAAACAGUAGAGAAGAUAUAUAUAUAUUUAAAAAUAUUUCAAAUAAUAAUAGUAUAUUUAAAAAUAAUAAAUUAAAAAAUGAAUAUUCUUUUGAUUAUUCUUUUAAUAAUCAAAAUAACGCAAAACUAAAUAAGAAGAUAAAAGAAAAGAAUGAUAAUGAUAAUAAUAAUAAUAAUAAUAAUAAUAAUAAUAAUAAUAAUAAUAAUAAUAAUAAUAAUAAUUUGUUUACAAUAAAUUUUUGCAAAAAUAAUUUAAGAUAUAUUUUAUUAUUAUAUGUUAAAAAGUUAUUGCUUUUAUGUGAAAAAAAAAGCUUAACAAAAGAAAAUAAAAUAAAAAAAAAAGAGAUUGAAAAAUUAUUAAAGUAUAUCUUAUUUUUUAGUUGUAAUAGUAAGUAUAUAAAUAUUUAUUGUAUAUUAUUAGACUAUUUUCAUUAUUAUAAUAUAUUACUUGAAUAUUAUAAAAAUAAUAAUUUAAAUAAUUUAUAUGAAUACAUCUAUUAUAAAAUUUUUUUUUAUUUUAAAGAAAAAAACUUAAAAAAAAAGGUAUAUGGGUAUCUUUUUUAUACUGAUUUGUUGAAACAUAUCAAUAUAUUUAAUGAUUUAUUUAUUCAUUACAUUUUGAAUAAUUAUUUUGUUUUUCAUAGUAAAAUUAAAAGGUUCUUUGAAAAAAAAUUAAACAAAAAAAAAAAAAAUUUUACAGAAAAAGAAAAAGAAAUGUACAAUAAAGACAAUGAUGAUAUUAUUUCUCAUAAAACAAGAUUGAUUUAUAUAAAAAAACAAGGUUAUUAUAGAGAUGAUAAUGAAAAUGAUAAUAAUUAUUAUUUCAAAAAAAAUGAAAAUAAUAGUGAUGAUUGCAAGAAUACAAAUAUAACAAGACAAGAAGAAGAAAAAGAAAAAGAAAAAGAAACAAAAUCAAAUGAGACUACAUAUAUAUAUAUGAGCAAUUUUAACAAAGGAAGAAAUAACGAAUUUAGUAGAAAUGAAGAUAGAUUAAAAAUUAUAAAUGCUUUGAAAGAAAAAAAUAAGAACUGUACUAAUAUUAGUAUUAAAUUACUUAAAAUUUGUAAAUUUUUCAUUAACAGUUUAAUUCAUACAAGUAAUUUCUCAGAUAAAAUAGAAAAGAGGAUAUAUUUUUUAUUAUUAUAUAAAUUAGAUUUGCCAAUAAUGAUAAAAAGAUAUUUAUUUAAGAAAAUAUUUUCCAAUUAUUUAGAUAUUUUAUGUAGAUAUAAGAAGGAAAAGGUUUAUAAGUGUGUUAAAAAUAUAAAUGCAGAAGAGUAUUUGUAUAUAUAUGAGAAAUACAAUAAUGUUAAUGUAAUAUUAUAUAUUUAUGAGAAGCAUGGUAAUUUUAUAAAAAUAAUAGACAUGUGUUUAAAAUUAAUAAAAAGUAAUAUUUUAAAAAUUUAUGAUGCUUUUGAUAAUAUAAAUAAAUGGACUUUUUCAAAAAAUAUUAAUUAUGAUGAUAUAUAUUAUAUAAAUUUUUCUCAAAAAAUUGAUAUUUACAACUAUUACUUUAUGCCUUUUAAAAAACAAGUCAAGAUAUUAUUUUCUAAAAAAGAUGAAGAUACACCAAAAUAUUUGACUAAGAAAGGAGAAUUUUUGAAAGAAUUAUUAAAAGAAAUAAAUUAUAAAAAGGAUGCAAAAUUUUUUUAUGACUAUUUUGUAAAUAAAUAUGAAAAAAGUAGAAAAAAAAAAAAUAAACAAAAAGAAAAAAAGGAAAAUAUAUCUACAAAAAAAUACGAAAAAAAUGAAGCAGAAACUAAUAAGAAUAUACAUGAUGAAAACUCUUAUGAAACAAAUUCAGAAAAAUGUAAAGAUAUAAGAACUUUAAAAAAAAAAAAGAAAAAAAUUCUAAAUUUUAAUAAUAUUGAAGAAAGAGAUAUGACUAAAAAUAACUUGGAAGAUUAUCAAAAAAAAAAAAAUUGUGAUUUAAUUAAUUCGUAUUGGAUAUACAACAUAGAAGAAUACAAUUUAAUUUUUUUAUAUAUAUAUAUAUUGACAUUUAUUUUAAAACAAAAUAAGUUGACUGAUGAGAAGAUUAAUCAAUAUAUAAUUUUUAAUAUCAUUAAUGAAUGCCUGAAAUAUUAUAUUAGCAUAAGUGAAAGGGUAAUGAAAGAAAAUUAUAAAGUAUUAUUUUUUAGUUAUUUGUUUGAGCAAGUUAUAUUGUUUGUAAUUAAUAUAAAUUCUUAUAUUCAUACUCAUAAAAUAUGUAAAAGAUUAUUAUUUAAAUUUAAAAAAUUUCAGAUGAAAAUAAUUAAACUACCAUUAAUUGAAGUAUUAAAACAUAUGAAUGAUAUAUAUACCUUCUUUAAUGAUAAUUGCCAAGUAACUCAAAAUAAAAUAAGACAACAAAUUAAAAAUUAUACACAUGAAAAGAAAAAAGGAAUGGUAAUAAAUUUUGAUAUGAAGCAUAAGCAUUAUUUUAAUACUCAUUUAAAUACAAAUAUUAAUGAUCCAAUAAAGGAGCAGAAAAACAAUGAAAAUUUUUAUUUAUCCAAUGAUAUUAUUUAUAUUAAUAAAUGUGAACACAACCAUCACUUUUCAUGCUCACAAUUAUGUUACCUAUGCGAUAAAUUUAAAAAAAAAAAAAAAGAUUUUUAA